AUGGGCCAGAUUGGGAAGGGCGGUACGAGGGUGAGACUUGGUGUUGGUGUUUUGGAACAUCAAAGAUGGACAGGGUUUUCGCGGAGGUCGCUCCUCGGAUAUCUCCACAACUACAGGUCGGGGGUCUUCCAAAAUCGAGAAGAUUGGUGCAUAUGGCUAGGUCACUUCACCUUACAAUUUGUAUGGCACUCUGGCCCGGGGUUGUGGUGUGGUAGGGGAGAACGGGGGAUAAUCCCACACAGGAGCUUCGAACAACGUCCGGUUCACGUUUGGCUGGAUAACUCCACCACCACACGGGGUAUGCGGUCGGCGAUGGGGUCAAAGUGCUCGUAUGAUCGAGGGCUUUUCGAUGGAUCUAUCGGCGGGUUCUUAUUCGAAAAAUCGAGCGAGUUCGUGGUGGAGCGGUUGGAUAUGCAGUGUGAAUAUCAAUGGUCCUUGCGCCGCGGCGCAUUUCUGCAAUCUCAUUGUCAAUGA